CACCUUACUAGUCUCGCUCAUUUCACUUUUCUUCUUCUCUCAUUCAUUCUCAAAUUCUCUCAUCUUCUCUUCUCACACAACACUCACCGCUAAACCUCAGAUUCUUCUGAAACUUCCGCCAUUGUUGCUAUCCGAUUAUACUGCUCAGUUUCUUGAACCAGUGGUAUUGUGGCUGGAUUUGCUGAUGAUUUCUUCCAUGAUCCUUUUAUGCUGAGCUAUCUUUGUAUUUUAGAGUAUUCUUGUAAUUCAAACAGUUUCAGAGUUGAAAUAUUAUAUUUAUAUUGUUUAUUCGUGGAAAUUGGAGAAGAACUGACUUCGUCCGAAUUCUUGGAUACACUUCAUAAGCAGUGAAGAAUGGAGACUUUAGCUCAACUGGAAGCAUUGUGUGAGAGGCUUUAUAAUUCGCAGGAUUCUGUUGAACGAGCACAUGCUGAAAGUACCCUGAAAUGCUUUUCCUCAAAUACUGACUACAUUUCGCAGUGCCAAUAUGUUCUCGAUAAUGCAUCCUCUCCAUAUGCAUUGAUGUUGGCUAGUUCAAGCUUGUUGAAGCAAGUCACAGAGCAAAGCCUUCCUUUACAACUCCGGAUUGAUAUUCGAAACUAUCUCAUAAACUAUCUGGCUAGCAGAGGACCUGAGUUGGAGCCCUUUGUGCUUGGAUCGUUGAUCCAACUUUUAUGUCGCAUUACAAAACUUGGGUGGCUAGAUGAUGAAAGAUUCUGGGAGGUUGUUAAAGAGGCAAUGAAUUUCUUGAGUCAGACACAACAUCAUUAUGCUAUAGGUUUGAGGAUAUUGAAUCAGCUUGUUUGCGAGAUAAAUCAGCACACUGUUGGAUUACAUGCUACUCGUCACCGUAGGAUUGCAAGCUCUUUUAGGGAUCAAUCCCUUUUUCUGAUAUUCCAGAUAUCAUUAACUUCUCUUUUCAAGUUAAAAGCCGAGGUUGGGAGCAAGUUGCAGGAACUGUCUCUCAUGCUUUCCCUCAGUUGCUUGUCAUUUGAUUUUAUUGGUACAUCAUAUGAUGAAAGCUCAGAUGAGAUUGGUACUAAUCAGAUUCCAGCAACUUGGAAACCUGUCCUUGAGGAUUCUUCAACAUUGCAGAUAUUUUUUGAUUAUUAUACAAUGAAUCAACCAUUUUCAAAAGAGGCAUUGGAGUGCUUGUUGCGCCUUGCUUCUUCUAGACGAUCUUUGUUUUCCGAUGAUACUGCCCGAUUGAAGUUUUUGUCACAGUUAAUGCUGGGCACCAAAGAAGUUUUGCAAACUGGAAUAGGUCUUGCUGAUCAUGAUAACUAUCAUGCAUUUUGUCGGCUUCUUGGUCGUUUUAAAGUAAAUUAUCAGUUAUCAGAACUUGUGAAUGCUGAAGGCUAUAGUGAUUGGAUUAGCUUAGUAGCGGAGUUUACAUUACAAUCUUUGCAGUCUUGGAAGUGGGCUGGCAGCAGUGUUUACUACCUUCUAAAUUUAUGGUCUAAAUCAGCGACGUCUGUGCGGUAUCUCAAGAGUGACAAACCUAACCUGCUAGAAGAAUAUGUCCCUAAAGUUAUAGAAUGUUUUGUGUCAUCGAGAUUUGAUUCGGUGCAGUCUGAACUAUCUGAACUCGGUGAAGACCCACUUGACAAUGUCGAAGCACUUCAAGAUCAACUCGAAUUUUUUCCUUACCUCUGCAGAUUUCAGUAUGAAAGUUGCAGUUCAUAUUUAAUGAAGAUAGUGGAGCCUAUCAUACAAAGCUAUACGAAGGAAGCGAAUCUUCCAAUCCCCGUAAAUAGUUAUGAAAUUUCUGUAGUAGAAACCAAACUAGCUUGGUUCACGCACAUAGUUGCUGCAAUACUCAAGACAAAGCAGAUGUCUGGAUUUAGUGGAGAAUCACAUGAAGUACUUGAUGCGGAGAUUUCAGCAUGUGUUCUGCAAUUGAUAAAUAUUACUGACAGUGGAAUUCACAAUAAGAGGUAUGGAGAAGUGAGCAAGCAAAGACUUGAUCGAGCUAUACUAAUCUUUUUACAACAUCUUAGAACGUGUUAUAUUGGCGACGAGGCUGUUUUUUCAUCGAAGCAGCUAUAUUCCCGACUAUCUGAACUUCUUGGACUACAUGAUCAUUUACUACUGCUGAAUGUUAUUGUCGGAAAGAUUGCUACUAAUCUCAAGUAUUACACAAAGUGCAAAGUGGUUAUUGAUCAUACAUUAUCCCUCUUACUGGACAUGGCAACGGGAUACAUGACGGGAAAGCUGCUUCUGAAGUUGGAUAUUGUUAAGCACAUAAUUUUGAAUCAUAAAAGGGAACAAUUCCCUUUUGUAGAAAAUUGGGAAUGUUUCCGCAGCAGAACAACACUGUAUUGUACUAUUGGCAUAUUGGUGUUCAUGGAAGAUACCCAAUUGAAAUUCAAAUCUUCAAUGGAACCUUUCCUACAGGUUUUUGGUAGGUUGAAUUCAACACCUGAUGCAUUGUUCCAAUCAGAUGCUGUGAAAUAUGCAUUUAUUGGGUUGAUGCGUGACCUCCGUGGAAUAGCAAUGUCAGCUAAUAGUCGUAGAGCAUAUGGAUUCCUUUUUGAUUGGCUUUAUCCUGCACACAUGCCAAUUCUUAUGAAAGGCCUUGUACAUUAUGCGGAUGUUCCAGAGGUAACAACUCCAUUGCUGAAAUUUGUUGCUGAACUAGUCCUGAACAAAUCCCAGCGUUUGACUUUUGAUUCUUCUUCCCCUAAUGGAAUACUGCUUUUCCGAGAAGUCAGUAAACUGAUUGUUGCAUAUGGAUCAAGAAUUUUGACUCUUUCUAAUAAAGCAGACAUGUAUACAUCCAAAUACAAGGGGAUAUCAAUUUGUUUGAUAAUUCUUGCACGAGCACUAUCUGGGAAUUUCGUGAACUUUGGAAUAUUUGAACUUUAUGGUGACAGAGCACUCGUUGAUGCUCUUGAUAUCAUUAUAAAGUUGCUGUUGUCAAUUCCUCUUGGAGAUAUAUUUGCAUUUCGGAAGGUUGCAGCGUCUUACUUUGCGUUUUUGGAGACUCUGUUCAAUGGCCAUUUGUCAUUUGUGCUUAAUUUAGAUAAAACUGGAUUGAUGCUAAUUUUUGGAUCACUCGAGUCAGGCAUUAAAGACUUGAGUGAAAAAAUAUCAUCUCAGUGCGCCUCUGCUAUUGACAACUUGGCUACAUUUUAUUUCAACCAUGUCACUAUUGGAGAGUCGGUUACCUCCCCUGCUGCUCUUAGAACAGUUGGACUCAUCUCUGAGUUCCCCCAGCUAUUCUCUAGAAUAUUGAGAACCUUAUUUGAGGUUGUUGUAUUGGAGGACCGUGGCAAUCUGUGGACUCUUAGCAGAGCAAUUCUAAGUAUGAUAUUAAUUAGUGAAGAGAUGUUUGCAAAUACGAAGGCUCAAAUUUUGGCGUCAUAUCCACCAGACAGACACCAGACACUCUCUCUAUGCUUUGACAGGCUUAUGCAAAAUGUGACGCGUACCUUGGAUGCAACGAACAGGGAAAAAUUCUCGAAGAACCUGACCAGAUUUAAGUCUGAGUUUUGUGCCAAAUAGCAUCUGCUUGGCGGAACAGUUUUGUCGGCUCAAUAUCUGUUGCUUUUUCGUUUCCUCAAAUUGUUAGGGUGUUUGAUUUAGAGUCCUGUGCAAGUGUACAUUUACCAUAGUCCCUUUCUCAUUUUGGUCUUUUUCCCCGGUCUUGGGGUAGCUUGAUGUUAAAUGGUGGCUACGGCAGAAUGGUGUGGCGUAUAUUUUGACAAACACCAUAGCUAGUACCCGAUUGGAUGCCUGCUAUAGGGCACAAUGACGUGAUUAUAUGGCAAAAGUUUGGCAAUAUUUUUCUGGCAUACCUUUAAAUAGAAAGGUAGAGACAGAAUAUUUCAACUCCAAAAAUUAAAGAGAUACAUUGAGAUAAAAUGGUACUCAGGUACUUUGAUGGAAAACUUUUACAUUUUUCCCAUUUUUUUAGUUACAUUAAAAUUUGGAAAAUUGGGAAGGAAUUUGUAAAUCAUAGGUAUUUCAUUAGAGAUGAUUUAGUUUUAGUUUACAUAAUAUAAUUUGUUAUAUUUUGUCAUUGGCUUUUUGGAUAUUACAUUUUCAUUUUGGUAUUUACGUAGUAAGAGUUGGUGGAGGGAGGAAAAGGGAAAUGAAGAUGGAAAUUUUUAAAAUUAAUCAGUUUGAUUUUGCAAAAACUCAUUACUACUAGUAUGAAAAAAUGAUUUUGCAGU